AUGAGAAUUGAACUGCAUAAAUCAAAAGGUAGCCAGACUUCGGGCUCAGGCCGGGAUAGGGGCAAGGGUACAGCUUGCAGAAAGAAGGUGGUACAGAGAAUAGCUACGGCUGAUGACAAAAAACUUCAGAGUUCUCUGAAAAGACUGGCUGUGAAUAAUAUAGUUGGUAUUGAAGAGAUAAACAUAAUUAAAGAUGACGGGACAGUCACUCAUUUCAGCAGUCACAAAGUCCAAGCGUUCCAUUCCACUAACACCUUUGCAAUUACUACUCGUGCAGAAGCCAAACCAAUGACAGAAAUGCUUUCUGGAAUAUUGAGUCAGCUUCGUGCUGACAGCUUAACAAAUCUUGGGGAGUUAGGUGAACAGUUCCCGGAGCAGGUGUUGGAUAGCAAAUCGCCAAAACCAGAAGACAUUAAUGAGGAGGAGGUUGAUGUCCCAGGUCUUGUAGGAAAUUCUGAUGAAGCAUCAAAGAAUGAAGCUAACUAA